CGUCAGGCUAAUCGCUGAAACAAAUCCAGUGUGUUUGUGUUUUUGUGUCCGUGGGUUGAAUGCUGUUAAUGGACUGUGUGGAGCAGACAAACACAAAUGCAGAAGCUCCUUCUGUUAUCGACCGAUACUUCACUCGGUGGUACAGAGCAGAUAUGAAAGGAAAACCGUGUGAAGACCACUGCAUCCUUCAACACUCAAACAGAAUUUGUGUCGUCACCUUAGCAGAGACCCACCCGAUCCUUCAGAAAGGAUGCACAAUCAAAAACAUCAAUUACCAGAUCAGUAAUGGCUGCAGUCGCCUGAAUAAUAAAGUGUCUGGGAAGUCCAAGCGGGGAGGACAGUUUCUUACUGAUUUCGCACCUCUGUGCAGGAUAACAUGCUCCGAUGAAACAGAGUACACCAUCUACAGUUGCAUUCGGGGACGUCUUCUAGAGGUCAACGAGAACAUCUUGGUAACCCCAAAUCUCUUGCUAGAAAAGCCAUCUACAGAAGGAUACAUCGCCGUCAUUCUGCCCAAGUUUGAGGAAAGCAAGAUCAUAACAGAAAACCUCCUGACACGAGAGGCGUUUGAGAAGAUGGUCUCUGAACGCCACCAGUCCAAACCCUCCUGAUGGGCCUUCUGCUGAGUUCAAAUAUUAACCAUUAAAGACUGGAAAUAUUAUGAGUUAAGUGGGAUAAAGCUACUCCUCACAGAGUUUUUUUAAAUGACACAAGCACUGCCUUCAGCUAUUUCUUGUUUUUCAAGGUAAAUAAUUUUGUUGAAGGGUCCAGGACGUGUUUAACUUUGACAUACUUUAUUUAUGACUCUUUGUAGCCAGUUUGGGAAAAAAAACACCACAUCUGGAUUCUGUUGAAUAAUUUUGUUUUUUUCUUAUUA